GAAUUUGAUUGGCUCGUUGAUUACUUGGCGGGUGACGCAAACACAGACGAUAAAACACGAGGUGACGCUUUGCUUGCGCUGAGCGCCAUGCAGGGACUAGGGAGCCCUACCAAGCAAUCGUCCUAUAUCAACUCGCUUAUCCGCUGUAUGGGCUCCAGCAGACCUCCCCGAGUCCGGCACACCGCGCUUAGAGCUGUCUUUGAAGCUCGAGAAGAGCUAGCUUCUAUAACAAGUGCCUCGAUGCCAGAGGGUGUUGAUGCAUAUAUCCUAGAUGAGCUUUCUCGCGCUGUUUUAACUGCUGUACGUCCAAAUGACGACGAGACGAUUCGCAACAAUGGACACGACGCCUCUUUCCACGAAGAUCGAGACUAUUGCUACAUCCGCUUCAUCUAUACUCUGACAAAGAAUGACGAGUGGUGUCAACGUCUAGUCCGUGAUGGCCAUCUCGACCGUUGUAUUUCUCUAGUUGACGGAGUGCCUCGAAAAGGCCAUUCGGACGUCGGAUUCUACCUUAUGAUCAUUUGGAGCAUCGAGUCCUUGCGCAAGGAUCUUCCCUUCAGUCCUGCUGGGGAGAGAUGGCGGCGACUCCUCAAGAACCAAUGGAACUCGACGACAUCUCGCGUAUUGGAAGCUAGCUAUGUCGAUAAAAUACCAGCCUUCGUGACAACAACGAGGCUGAAUUUGACAGUCUCGGGUGUUCCGAGAGAGUGGUUCACAGAUCUCACUGCAGAUGUGCAUAGGACUUUGGAAAAUUUGGUACAGAGCCAAGCGGUCCAUGUGGAAGAUGGUGUAGCUCAGGCUACCGUGGACGCUGCAUUAUUUUCUCUCCAGGGCUUGUACAACGACCUGUGUCGUAUUAUUAAGGAAUACCCGUAAAGGGACGGUGGAACUUCGAGGUAUUGAUGGAUACCAUCAGUAGUGAGGUACUUUCAUCCAUUUGUUAUGCACGUCGCAGUUCGUUCCUGUAGUUAGAUUCACCGCCUUUGUAUUGACACGUGAUAGGAAAACUAAUGUUUGGAUGAAGAAA